AUGGAAAAUUAAAAAAAUCAAAAAAUAUUGUUAAGCACUAAUAUACAGAAAAACUAAGAUUCAAAACUUCAUGUUGUUGAUUAAAUGAAUUCAAUUACUAAAGAAUAUUAAAAUAUCAUGGAAAAAUUUUAACAAGAAAUUUUUUAAGCUAAAGAAAUUAAUAAAGAAAAAAAUGAAAAAAGAUCCGAAAAGCUAAAAAAUAUUCCAACUUUUACUAAUUUAUUAUAAAGAACAUAAGUUGAGAGAUGA